GACGAUUAUGUAGAAGCAAUAGAGUCACGGAACCAGAAAGGACCGAGCGCAUCGACAUUGCCUGACAAUCCUAGGAGACGAGACUCUAUAUCUGCGAAUACUAAACCUGGCAAGAGCACGCACCCCUACGAUACUGGAGUUGAAGACACAACCGCAAUAAUUAGGGACGACGGACAAGUAACACCCGCGUCUCGCCAUACGGAACGAACCGAUACCGAGAGAGAGCAAAUGCCACAAGCUCCGGAUCAGUCACGAAAGAACAAGAAAGUCAACUCAGCUUCCAGUCUCCGGAAUCAGACGUAUGCGCCUACGCCGCAGAGAAGGAGCAAAUUAACAGUUACACCGGAAUCUCAGGCCAGUUGCGAACGCUCGAACGAACGCAGAACUAAGUUCCGUAGCAUUCUUGGACUAACCAAUAAUAAAGCGAAGACGUCAAAUACUGGUCCUUCAGAACGCGUAUCGACAUCUCUAGACCAGCUUUCGAUAGAACCGGAGUCCCAAGUAGAAGAAAGCCGUCAAGAAUCUUGGUGGUCCUUCAAGAGGCGGAUGGGCACACAUGAUGGAGAUAGAGACAUGAUCUCCGUCCCAGCAAAGAAAUUAAGGCCUCACAAUAAAGAGGACAGGAGCAACAUGGAGGAAACGGCAAAUGCCCGAAGGGUGCGGAAUAGCGGUGCAAAUGGUCGCGGAAGCGGUUAUAUACGGGAUAAGAUGAAGAAGAAGAAGGAGGAAUCGUCGGAAAGAAACGUCGACCAAGCGAAAAAAGCAUACGGUGAAACGGAGAAAACGGAGAAGGAAUCUUUAUCUCCACGAACAGACGCGGAACUAGCUAAAAUACCGGGGCCAUCAAAGCGGCGCCGAAGGAGCAUAUCCUCAACCCAGGUUCGUGCGAGUACGGCCGGAACUAAUUCCACACCCAGCAACGUAGCAACGCACAAGGAUAUCGCUCGAGAAGAAUGGAGGCAUCAAACCCCGUCUCCUAUGAUUCCCACUCAGGUUUUGCGAUUGCUGCUAGGUCCCGGGAAGUCGCCGUCACCGAAAAUAGGAACACAGCUAGACCGGGAGGAUAUCGAAACUCGUACAUCAGUAUCAUCCACGGCUAUGCUGGGACGACAAAGUCGGGAGGGUCGUACUUCUGGCAGACAGUCGACGGAACAGAAAAAUAGAGCAUGGAUUCCAUUCUGGGUAUCAUCUCGGCCGCAGGUAGGACUUUCAAGGCAUGAUAAUGCCGACGGGGCGGCAAGACAAGAAGAAGAUCUUGCGGAGCCGAGUACGGGGGAGCAGAGGAGGAUCACACGCAGGAGAUGGAAAAGUGGAUAGAUGGCCCCAUGCUCGACCGGAAGAAUGAGAGGGAGAGCUUACGCUUUGUAUAAGGCAAUGAUCAUUGUUAUAUAAUAUUCUUAACUAGCAAAUUAGGUACCUAAAUGAUAUAUUUUUAUGAUUCUGGACAGAGGAGUAAGAUGGUGGUGAAGCUGCAGAAUGUUGACAUGCAAGAUUCCCGCAAGGUUAUCAGAUAUGGAAACCAGGUCGGUGGUCGGUGGUCGGUGGCAUCGGAAAAAAAAGCCUCGAAAUGUACCUGCAUGCUGACGCGAUUUGAAGCAAUCCAUCGAAAAUCGGGGUGGGGUUUGUCGUAGACUUUGCAGGCGUCGGCACCGCGGACGGCUAGUAGAACUACCUACUACAUGUAAUCAGGAUGUAAUUACCUACCUAAAGGUAGGAGGUACCCAAAUAGGUGGGGUGGAG